AUGCCAGUGCUUUGCGAUCGUGGCGGGGUGCACAAGCUGCAGGCGGCCUUUGCGACGGCGGAGCUGGCGCGAAAGGCGAAGCUCGAGAAGAUGCAGGCGGCGUGGUGCGCGCGCGAGGCCGACAUCGACGCACGCCUCAAGGACGCAAACGACGUGCUCGCACGCACGCUGCCGGCGGACCGCGAGGCGGCGCAGAUGUCGGACCAGCUCGAGGAGGCGCGGCGGACCGCGAAGCGCAAGCACGACGCCGAGGUGGAGGAGCAGCGUGUCCACAACCGAGACAUCAAGGGCAAGGUGCGCAAGAAGUUUAAGGCGGCACUCGCGGUGACGGCGGCUCGCGACUCCAUUGCCGAGAGGGCUAAGGCAACAGCGAAGGCAGCAAUUGCCUCGGUGCUUGCCGCGUAUAAGGACAAGGCGGCUGUGUAA